AUGAAGCAAUUCGCCCAGCCAAACACGAAGUGUCUUUAUAAUACAAUUGUGCUGUUGACUAAUCGGGUAUUUGUCACCGAUCAGGAGAUGCUCGGAAAAGAUGUCGCGAAUAUCGUCAAUUACGGCUGUAUCACAUUUACUGUUAUCGCUCUUGGUAACACUGGUAUCACCCAAGAACUGCUAUAUCAAUACUAUUCAUCGUAUACUCAACGCCUCUUCGUCGUCCCUGGCUAUAACUGCAUUACCAGACUAGACGUAUGUUCAUAUGGAGGGUCGCUCAAGCCAUUGGCUAAAAACAUGAAUACGACACAGGCGACUGUCAAGUAG